GGCCCUCGCUCAAGAAACAUUCAAUGUGCGAAGAUACAAUUUUUGUUCACUAGAAUCUCAUAUCACAUAAGUCUCUCCUAAGCAAUUGUUUGCUUCUUAUACAUGAUCUCAAAAUUCCAAUUGAGACUUCUCUAUUUCUCUACUUCCCUCAUUCAUCCAUUCAUUUGUAAAGACAUUGAUUGAUUGUUCAUGUUGUUAUUUUCUUUAUAAAAUCCGAAGACUCAGAAAAAAUGGAGUCACCAAAAUCCCCUCUGAAAAUUGAUAAUCCAAAGACUGUGACUAGAAGUCCUGAACUCGCAGAACCUAUAGCAGAACCUCGAGAAUGGAAUACAAAGAACUUGACUUAUAGAUUGGGUGUGGAUUUCGUAUCUGGUGCUGCCGCUGCAACUAUGGUUGCGCCAAUUAUCACCAUCAUUGAUAAGUAAGUGUCAAUUCUCUGACUCUUGCGCCAAAUACUAAUAUCUUUUCAGAGGUAUCAUGCAAAAUGCUUCAGGUCAAGCUACACUCAAAGACUCAUUGCGAUCAUCCCUCAAGAAUUUAGUUCUCCGACCUCAUAAUCUACUCUUCUCGAAACCUUUCGCUUUGAUAUGUAUGUUAUAUGGAGGCACAUACUUGACAGCGAAUACCCUCGAUACUGUUACAUCUACUAUACACAAUAAACCCGCAUUCACAGUUACAUCUGGAACCUCGAAAUUUGUUGCAAGUUCGACUGCGAAUAUUGGUUUGUGCCUUUUCAAAGAUCAAACAUUCGCCCGUUUGUUUGGUCCUUCUGGUCCACCAAGACCUGUACCUUUUCCCUCAUAUAUCCUUUUCACCGCUCGCGAUUGUCUCACGAUUUUUGCUUCAUUCAAUAUACCACCAAUGCUUGGUCCAGUUAUCAACAAAAGUCUAUCCGAAGAAUUACAAAAAUCGAUAAGUGGACAAACGAUUUCACAAUUUUUGGCACCGGCUUCCGUACAGCUUAUAAGUACACCUAUGCAUUUAUUAGGCUUGGAUUUAUAUAAUAGAGGGCGAGGUGUUAGUUGGGCGGACAGAUGGAGCAUCGUGAAGAAGAAUUGGGGAGUAAGUGCUGCGGCUAGGAUAUGUAGGAUUGUACCUGCAUUUGGUGUGGGAGGAGUCGUCAAUAAAAAGGUUAGGGAAGGAUUGAUGAAUCGUUUGGAGUAGGUGGUACGAAUUCGCAAUCAUAGAUCGCAUUGAGUUUGUUCGCAUGGUAUGAGAAGCGCAAGUGAUUUAUUCGGAUAUUGAAAAUGGUCGCAUAUUGGAGACACAUUAUGGAUGGAUAUACAAGCUAUCAAGAAAUCAUGGACUAGACGAUGCAUUUGCAGGGCGUUAAGGCAUAUAGAUUGGAAAUACGUAUCAUACGUAUAUGGCAUGGCGGCUCAAUUAGAGCGAAUAUGUGGCAUGGAUUUUAAGUCUGAGGAGAAAAAGUCAGCUUUAGCAUACAGUUAUAUACUAAUACAUGAAAAAUACGGAUAACGUCAUCUACAACCCAAUU